AUGGCUCCUCUUGAUGACGCUCGAUCGAACCAACCAGCGCAAACGCCGACGCCGGCUCCCGAUUUGGCGGUGCUGAAGAAGAGACCAUUGAGCAAGGCGGCAGCCGAGAACGCCCAGUCCUCAGAGUACGAUUUACCAACUGGUGAUCAAGAGCCCACCCAGCCAAACAAGAGGGCCAAGACCAAGGCUUCUAAAGAGCCUGCGAAGAAGACAGCGGCCGCCGAGUCACAAAUGAGGAGCACGAAGGCCGUUGUCACCGAAAAGUCCGUCCCUAGAAAGAGCAAGGGAAAGCAAAAUACCACAAAAUCGCCGGACAAAGAGUCACAGAAGACUGCAGCAUCCACGCGAGCUAGACGCUCUGCCAAAAGUCAAACCUUUGUCGCACAUUCAGACGACAGCUCGGAUGACAGGGCAAGGAAGCGACCUCCUGCGCAAGCGUCGCUAGAAGAGCCUUCACAGGCUGAUGCACACGGAGAACACGCCGAGGACUCAUACCCACUGGAAAAGAACGCUGCAGAGGCUGCAAUUCAAAGUGCAAAAUUGAGUUUCACGUCGAACCUCAAGACUCUGGUCGCGAAAGAGGCUGCCGAGAAGCCUGGGGUUCCUCACAAGGCUAUAUCAGGAAAUUCGGACCGAAGAACGACGACUCCGCAACGGGCGAUAAAGCCUCUCAGUGAAGGAUCAAUUCCUUCAGUGAGUGAAAAGGUCCUUCGCAAGCCUUCACUCGUACACUUUGAACUACGAGGACCGGGCAAUCAGGCUACACCACCAAAAACAUCAAUGGCUGACAAUCCGCCUCAAGGCGAUGCUGAAUCUGCCGACGGGGAAGAACCUGACUUGGUCAUCCAGGAAGUCCGGCUCGAGAGCAAUGUGGACAGUGGUAUCGCGAGCGUUAUCGACCCAGUGCAUGCAGAACAUGCAGAACAUGCCAACAGCAGGAGCACUGCGAAAGGAGAAUGUCUCGAACUCAGGUCGCGCUCUUCAAUGGAGCAGGAAGUCUCCGAAUAUAUCCAGUCUGAAAGCUCUGAUGAUGCGAUGGAGAUGAACGUUGUCUCUGCUGAGCACCCUUCUAGCACUCGUCGGCGGUCUCCCAUGCCACAAACGCCUGCCCUUGACGACAUCCCUCCUGUCGAUACGAUGACAAGAAAGAAAGAGUCAAUCAGAUAUCAAGACCAUAAUCGUCGAUCAAUUGGGAUUAGCACCAUUCUCGAUCAAGAAUAUCCUCAAGCAGAAAGAGUCAUAAAUACACACAAGAUACGGUCGAGCUUGCAUUCAGGACUGGAAGAUGUCUCAAUUCAAGUUGAGCCACAGCGUGCAGCUCGUGGUCAAAGGGACGGCAUGGCUGCGUUGGCGACAGCGACCAUCACCACGAAAGUCCAAGGCUUCGAGCCUGUGCGUCAAAAGGGAACAAGCACAUCGUUCGAGCGAGGCAACAGUAUGGGUCCACCUCCGUCUCGCAGCACUCUAUCUAAGCCACAGCAUCCUGCGCGAGGUGUUUCACUCAAGACGAAUUUGCAUCCAAGUGCUACAGAAAAGAACUCCAACAAAGUGGUGCAAGAUCCGGCUCCACUACAACACAAUCAUUCCAGCGAAGAGCCGAAGCCCACUCCCCCCGUGCCUGUGCGCAUCAAGAAAGCAGCGAUUCCUUUGGCUCCGUUGGCGGCUUUUGCGGCUGAGGCCCCGCCUGGAACGCCGCUCUCUUUCUGCACUCGUUGGGACAUGGAAGCGCGAAAUGCUGCUGUGGACGCGACAGAUGGAGAAACGCAUGUCCCCAACAAUAAGGAUGUGCCACAUAAAUCAGGCGACACUAGUCUGACGCUGAUCAAUGGGGACGAAUCCGUUGAUGCUCAACGGUCAGCACCAUGGCCGCGUCGACGUAGACGACUGCGAUCCAUAUCGACAGAUGAUAUGUCGUCAGUAGUGUCACCUUCGCGAGGUGAAGCUUUUACCGCCGACCGAAAACAAGCAACGACAGAUCUGAAAGUUCGAGACUCUCAGCGUGGUCUAUUGGAUGCGGUCAUGGAGAUUACCAAGGAUGUGCUCUUCCGGUUCGGAGAAGAAGAAGACGCCAUUAAAACCAAGGUCGACGAGCUUUAUCGAGGAGGAGAUCAAAUUGUGCAGACCCUGACGGACAGCUGGAACGAGCGUCUGGCCCACGAACACCGAAACAUGACACAAAAAUUCGCAGAAGAGAAGAAUUCUCUCACAGAAGCCUGCGAGCUUUUCAAGGAACAAAAUACGGACUCAUGGCAAGGUGUUCUCAGAAGGACAGAUGUCAAGACGAGCGUGGAGCAGACAUUGAAUAAGUUGACUGCCAAGAUCGAGGCAUUGAGAAGCAGGCAGAAAGGCAUAUAG